GGCUGGGACCCGAACCUGGCUGGCUAAAUUAUUAAUAUUGUCUCCUUCUUCAAUUCCUUUUCAUCCUUUUCUCUGGGAAUUAUAGUUUGUAGAGAACACAUACAUACAUUUUCAUUUUCAGAGGAAUGAUCAUGGAAGAAUCCUCGGUACACGAGAUCAAAUCCCCUCUCCUGUCAUCUAACAAGGAGGAAGAUGAAGUUGGAAGCAGUACUAGCCAUAGGCAGCAAAAUGAAGAGAACUCGCCCAUAAAACAAGUGGCCCUAACGGUGCCAACCACCGAUGACCCAUCUCUUCCAGUUCUGACGUUCCGAAUGUGGGUGUUGGGAACUCUAUCAUGCGUGCUGCUGUCGUUCCUGAACCAGUUCUUCUGGUACCGCAUCCAGCCUCUCACCAUCACCGCGAUCUCCGCCCAGAUCGCGGUGGUGCCGCUCGGCCAACUCAUGGCCGCAACGAUCACUAAGCGCGUGUUCUUCAGAGGAACACGCUGGGAAUUCACUCUCAAUCCGGGACCCUUCAACGUCAAGGAGCACGUUCUCAUCACCAUCUUCGCCAACUCCGGCGCCGGCACCGUCUACGCCAUCCACGUUGUUACCGCUGUCAAAAUCUUUUACCACAAACACAUCUCCUUCUUUGUCUCCUUGCUUGUGGUCAUCACCACACAGGUAUUGGGUUUCGGAUGGGCUGGCAUAUUUAGAAGAUACCUGGUAGAGCCAGCGGCAAUGUGGUGGCCAGCAAAUUUAGUUCAAGUUUCACUCUUCAGGGCCCUGCACGAGAAGGAUGAGCGACCAAAGGGAGGGUUAACGCGAUCGCAGUUCUUCGUAAUCGCAUUUUUGUGCAGCUUCGCCUAUUACGUGUUCCCCGGUUACAUUUUCCAAAUGCUAACCUCCCUCUCUUGGAUUUGCUGGUUAUAUCCCAACAAUGUUCUGGCCCAACAACUUGGGUCGGGCCUAAACGGGCUUGGCAUAGGAGCAAUUGGGCUUGACUGGUCCACCAUUUCGUCCUACCUCGGAAGCCCACUCGCAAGCCCAUGGUUUGCCACUGCCAAUGUCGCGGUGGGUUUCGUGUUUGUGAUGUACGUUCUGACUCCGCUGUGCUAUUGGCUCGACUUGUACAACGCCAAAACCUUCCCCAUUUUCUCGGACGAACUCUUCACGGAGAAAGGUCAAGUUUAUAACAUCACAGCCAUAAUAGACUCCAAUUUCCACCUAGACCUUGCGGCUUAUGAGAGACAAGGUAGAUUGUACAUCAGCACUUUCUUUGCCAUGACCUAUGGUGUUGGCUUUGCUGCACUCACGGCCACCAUUAUGCAUGUUGCUCUCUUUCACGGAAGAGAAAUAUGGGAGCAAAGUAAAUCAAGUUUUAAGGAAAAGAGCGUGGACAUUCACACGAAGCUUAUGCGGAGGUACAAACAGGUGCCUGAAUGGUGGUUCGUGUGCAUACUCAUCGCAACCAUUGCAGCCACCGUCUUCACCUGCGAAUACUACAACGAUCAGCUGCAACUGCCUUGGUGGGGUGUUCUCCUCGCAUGUGCCAUUGCUAUAUUCUUCACUCUCCCCAUUGGAAUUAUUACUGCAAUCACAAAUCAGAGUCCGGGGUUGAACAUAAUCACGGAAUACAUCAUAGGGUACAUCUACCCGGGAUACCCUGUGGCAAACAUGUGCUUCAAGGUUUAUGGUUACAUCAGCAUGACGCAGGCCAUCACUUUCUUGCAAGACUUCAAGCUUGGUCACUACAUGAAAAUCCCUCCCAGAACCAUGUUCAUGGGACAGGUUGUGGGAACGCUUGUCGCGGGUUUUGUGUAUUUGGGCACUGCGUGGUGGUUAAUGGAAACGAUCCCAGACAUAUGCAAAGACACGUCCUCUGUAUGGACGUGUCCAAGUGACACAGUGUUCUACGACGCAUCGGUUAUUUGGGGUUUGAUUGGGCCGAGAAGAAUAUUCGGAGACCUGGGAACGUACGAGAAAGUGAAUUGGUUCUUCCUAGGAGGAGCCAUUGCUCCAUUACUGGUUUGGUUGGCGGCAAGGUCGUUCCCACAACAAGAGUGGAUUAGGCUCAUAAACAUGCCAGUGUUGAUAGGGGCCACCGGAAUGAUGCCUCCGGCGACGGCGGUGAAUUACACGAGCUGGAUCAUUGCGGGGUUUCUCUCUGGCUUCGUUGUGUUCAGAUACAAGCCCGAAUGGUGGAAGCGUCACAAUUAUGUGCUCUCAGGGGCACUUGAUGCAGGGCUUGCCUUCAUGGGGGUGCUUUUGUAUCUAUGCCUUGGAUUGGAGGACAUUAGUCUCAAUUGGUGGGGGAAUGACCUUGACGGAUGUACAUUGGCUCACUGCCCCACCGCCAAAGUAGUCGAGGUUCAAGGUUGUGCCGUUUUCACUUGAACAUAACUGUAAAUUAAAUCAUAAUUAGGGUGAAUAUGCUAGUUAAGGAAUUAAAACUUAAAAGUGAAAAGUCUUUUCCUAAUAAAAACAUUAUUAAUGCAUCUAGAUGAAUUUUUAAUGAAAACUUUCUAUUACAUUAUCUCUUUAA